CCUGCAUCCUUCUCGAAUGCAUGACGAACGGUGAGGAAGAAUGUUAUGAUAGCAAUUGGCGCGUAGAAGGCAAGUUGUGCAGCAGCAAUAUCGCCUCGUAUGUCCAGAGAAGGGGGCAUCGCGUAGGAUUAGGCAGGGAUUAGGUGUCGCGUAGUGGAUGGGAGCGAACCCUUGAAUCGCACGCGGGUCGUGUAAAGUUCAACCUUCCUAAAGUGGAUAUAUUCAGCAUUCUUUAUCUUAUCGUGUUCCGUGAUAGUGAUUAGAUUUAAAAACGUUCGACAGGUGCGCUCAUGAAGUUACCUCGUCGAGUCCCCUGGGCCUCUGUUGGAGAGCUGGAUGAGGUCUGUGCAGCCAUCUACGCCGACGAGAGUCAUCUUGAAUCCAAGAUUUUUGCAGUAAACAAGCUUGUAGCCUGGAAAGCCAUUACCUCCCUUCCUCAUGCCAUAGAAUCAACACUCAGUCUUUUAUCCGUAAUUGUCCAAGAUGACUGUUCAAAUGCCUCCAGUCUGGUCUUGCGGUACAGUUACAGCGCCGCUGUUAUCCGAAUGGUAAACGGCUUGGUUGAUCCUCUUCAAUUCGGGAUUUAUGCUAGAUCCAUUGCUGCAAUAGCAGUUCAACUUGGAUUACCUGCAUGGCUCGUUGAGCUCAGGCAUGCCGCUACUCACGAGGAUCUUCCAAGUCUUGAAGUUCUUCGCGAGGCCGCUCGUCAGUCAAUGACAUGGCUCCUUCAUAACUACUGGCUUCCUACGCUGGAUCCAUCUACGGCGUCCCAGCCCGAAGCUCCUCCUCUUCGACCACUGGAACCAAUCUUGAAAGAAUACAGAAGUCUACUCAAACUUACCACACGAGAUGCUUCUUUGAGCAAACAAUACAAGCACGCAAUGACCGACGUAUUCAAGAAUAUAGAAAAAUGGAUUGCAGAAGCAACAGUUGCUGCCAAUGUAGUCAACGGAGGUCUGGGAUGGGAUCAGCUUGAUGGGGCGGAGUCAAGCGGUAAUGCCAGAGAACAGUGGGCUUUGGAGGUAUUUUCCGACGUUUUAAUAGGAAAGGGAGGUCUUGUUCCGCUAUCCAAAAAAAAACGAGUCUUUCCACCCGAAUCGUUUUGUCCACCUGAGAAUUCUGUACGAAUCUGGACACCUCUCCUCAUGAACGUGCAAGCACUUCAUCCAGAAUUUUUAUCUAUCCUCGUGAACCGCGCGCUCUCCCGCUUGUUGGCGACUUCAACAACUCCAUUGAAGAACGAUGCACUUCCCGACCCAUCUUAUGAUUCAACUCUGGCGCGAUGGAUUCUCUGGUUGGUUGACAGAUGUGAUUCGGAUCAAAGCUCAGACGAGAACACUAGGGCAGAUAUAGUCGUCUCGUUACUUACCGUCCUAGGACCGGGGUCCAAGCAUUUGGCGCAUGCAAAAAAGAAUCUCAACGAACUACUUUCUGCUCUUUGCACAGGCUAUCCUAGCUUGAGCUCUGCAUGUACAGUGUUACAGUCAUCCCAGCAGAUAUCCUCCCUCGACUGGACUGCGAAAGAUCUUUCGGUGAUGGAAGACCGACUCAGCGUUCUAGUUUCAUUGACGACAGAGAAUGAAGAUCAGACGUGUAAUGUUUUCAAUGAGACCGGGGCAGUCUCUUCGGCGGGCUGGAAUUUACUCGACAGCUCGUGUUGGAAGCCUUGUCCUAUCGGUGUUGCAUGUGCACCUAUCUUCAAGUAGCGGUUGUUUCAAUUUUACAAGUAUUAAUCUACAUUGUGUACAUGACUGGAGUAGUUCUUUCUUUUUCGUGGCAGGGAAAUUUUCAUUAUCCUAGACCAUGAUCGUCUCAUAGAGUCGAUAGAAUGUACAUGCGACCGUCUCCUUUAGUAGUUUGCGUACCCUAAGGGUUGUUCCGGGGUGAACCAGCUCAACUCGAAAUCAAUCUUAUCAGAUAAUAUCAC